UCAUAUUCUGUCGUCCAAUUUAUUCCCCAAGUUCAACCGCCUUGUAGUUUACAGCUUUCCAUCACCGCAACAAACUUUAGCAUCAAAAUGUCUAGACGGCCAGAUCUCGGCUAUAUCGACCAAGCUUCAGAAGACCCGGUCAAUACUGUUUCAACACCAAUCGGAGGCCUUGAGCCAAACGCCGACAAAGGAGUGGAGGCUGAAGCACCUGAAGAAGAUUCUGGAUCGAGUAUCGAAGAAGAGUCUGAAGGGGAACCGUUUGAGGACGUGGAUGGCGGCGAUUUCGAUUUCGGCGCGUUGGAUGUUGGUGGGUCGGGUGAAGAGGACGAGGAGGAGGAUGAUGGAGAUUGGGAUGUGGACGAUGAGGAUUGGGAGCUGGCCAAUGGAGAUUUUACCAAGCAAUACAAUCGAGUUCGACAGCAACACGCUGCUACAUCCGGCUCUGCCCCGUUACCUGCGCGAAACCUCUCCCAGCAAACAAAAUCAAAAUUGUCCAAAUCCAACCCGACGGCCGGGUCUGGCGUGGUGACAAAUCCGAAAGCAGCGCAGGAUAAACAUGAUAAAGAUAAAAGCGAUAGGGCUACUCAGGAGCAAGUGCUUGAUAGCCGUACUCGACUGGUUUUGGCGGGACUAGUCAAUCGGGGGGUUAUCGGUAUGAUUGAAAGGUGUAUCAGUACAGGUAAAGAGGCAAACGUCUACUAUUCAUCCCCAGGCCGUGCCGUCAAAAUCUACCGAACCUCCAUCCUCGUCUUCCGUGCUCGACAAAACUACAUUGUCGGCGAACAACGUUUCCGGGGGGAAUACACUUCCUCUCGAAAUCCGCGAAAGAUGAUUCGUGUCUGGGCCGAAAAGGAGUUGCGAAACCUGAGACGGUUGGUUCAAGGAGGUGUGCGUGCACCGGUGGUACAUGAAUGUAAGGAGAAUGUGCUCGUCAUGGAUUUCUUGGGCAAGGGCGAGGUAGCGUCGCCUCGUUUGAAAGACGCAGAGAUUCCCGAGGACAGGUUACCCGAUCUGUACGCAGAAAUGGUUAUCGCGACCCGAAGAAUGUACCAGCACUGCCACCUCGUCCACGCCGAUUUGAGUGAAUACAACAUUCUGCUACACGACAACCACCUAUACAUCAUCGACGUCUCCCAAUCUGUCGAACACGACCACCCCCGCGCAUUCGAUUUCCUCCGUUCCGACAUCUCCAACAUUGAAGAAUUCUUCUCCCGCCGUGGGGUCGCCACGCUCGGAAUCCGGAAAUCAUGGGAAUUCAUCGUCACCGAGAACAUUGGUCUUUCCCCCACUGGCUCCGCCUCGUCAUCAUUGGAGAUGGAGAAGGGCGACGACGGCGAAAGGCGCUUGGUGGGUGUUUUGGAAGAAUGGUUAAAGGAACCGUCAGACAAGACGGACGAUGCGGUCUUUAUGGAGUCGUAUAUCCCGAGAACGUUGGCGGAGGUGUAUGAUCCCGAGAGGGAUGUGGAUGUGCUCAAGAGUGGGGGAGGGGACGAGUUGAUUUAUGCGGGUGUGACGGGUUUAAAGUUGGCUCAUGAGAGUGCGAAUGCCAAGGUGAAGGAAAAGGAAAAGGAGAAACAGAGUGCGAGUGCGGGUGCGGGUGCGGGUGCGGAUGAUGCGAACAAGCGUGAAGAGGUGGAUGCGGAUGAGAAUGUAGAAAAGGGUGAAAGAGUAAAAGGUAAAUGUAAGGAUGAGGGCAAAAACGACAAGACAUCGAAAAGCGUACGGUUCGAGGAUGAAGUAGACGAACAUGACGAGGAAGAUGAUGCCCAAGAAGCAGAGGAGCAAGGUGAGGAAGAAGGAAUGGAUAAAAAAUCUAGAGGGUUCCGACAUGAAGAUCGUGAAUCUAAAAAGGAGCGGAAAAAGGCAGUCAAGGAAGAACAGAGGGAGAAACGAAAGACCAAGAUGCCAAAAGCUGAAAAGCAAAAGUUGAUAAAAAAGUCUGCUUCUCGGCACUAGUCGAUUCAGGGCGAUCAUUGUCUUUAUGUAUUUGGACGUUGACAAGUCUAUUUUUCUUCGCGUGUGAAGGAUACCCCUUUGCGCGUGGGAUUUGUAGAGAUUGAUAGCUGCGCCGUGGGACAGCUCGUACCUGUGAAAUUGAGAUAUCGGUAGUAACAUAGCUGCAGCUGUAUCGGACCCAACCUACGAGUUGAAAGAGAUGCAAAAUAAAACUCUAUCGCUUUCGCAGCCUAAACAAGUCAAUGGAGAAACGGAAUCUAAAUCCUGUUGGAAAAAUGGGGCCAUAUCAAUCUACAUCCAAGUCCAAUCAUCAAACCAAGUCAAAUAUCAACGACCUCCAGCUGUUCUGCGAGUGGGAGAGGGAGGGCGAGAUUGUACGGGUG